UCGAACAUCUCCGUCAUAACCACAAAACGUUCUUAUAAAUAAACAACAUAACAUCCAGAAGAUCCAGAACGAACACACAUAAUUUCGUACGUGAAUUUAUUUCAGACUAUCAAACACCAAAGUAGAAGGGAGCAAUGUCCGGUGAACCACAGAGCAAACGUUUGAAAUUGACAGACAAAAAGGGAAAAUGGAAUCACUUUAAGAAACCGAAUCGAAAUGCACGCAUUGAAAUUGGCAACAGAGGAUUCCUGGCAACAUGCAAUUUUCGUGAAAAGGACUGUCGCCGCGAAACGUUCAACAUACUGACCACGUAUGCGGAUCAAUUGUUUGGGACCGGCGAUGAAAAUGACGACGCAUCAUCGAAGAUGCCGGAUGUUGACGAAACCGAAGACGACAUAUCGACCGAACUACAAAAUGAAAUCGAUGCCAUCAAUGCGACGAAUAAGAAAAAAUCGAAUCGGUUCCAGCACCUCGACACGGAAAUGGCUAAUCUGGUGUUCGUGAAAACGACCUUACGGAAUCCAGUAGAGCUGGGCGCCCAUAUUGUCAGCGACAUUGCCAGUACUCGGAAAUCGGCUUCACGAUUUUUGUUGCGCUUCAUUCCGGUCGAAAUCGUAUGCAAAGCCACUAUCGACGACAUAAAAACAGCGGCCGGUAAACUGUUCGACGUUCACUUCCUGAACUGUCCGCCAAAGACGUUCUCGAUCGUCAUAAACAAACGGUACAACAACAGUAUACAAAAGGACAUUAUUAUCGAAGAACUGGCUGGAUUGGUUGCAUUCAAAAAUGUCCAUCACAAAGUCGACCUGAAGAAUGCCGAAUGUUCGGUGAUUGUGGAAAUAUUGAAGGGGAUCUGUUGCCUGAGUGUGCUGCCGAAUUACUUGAAGUGGAAAAAGUACAACAUCACGGAACUUGUUUUGGCGAGCAAAGUUACACCGGUUGCUGCGGGGAGUGACACGGAUGCUGUGGCAGCCGUUGUAACGGCAGAUAGUAAAAGUGAAACUGUGGAAACCAUAGAAAAGGAAGAAGACAAAUGAAGGGGAUUGUGCAUGUGGGCCGCAGUUGUGGCGAACUUUUACAAUUUUUCUUGUAAACUAGAUCAUAAUACAGGCUUCGUUUUCUGUAAAAGCAAA